AUGGCUGCCGUCUCGCCUCGCUGCUGUGGAACGCCUCAGACCUUCAUCAUCGUCCUCUUCGUCCUGUCAGGAGGACACUUUUCGUCUGUUUCCUGUUUUAAAGUGGCGGAGGGCGGCGUGGCCUCUCUGUCCUGUCAGUACUCUGUGAAGCGAUUUGGUCUGAGUCGGGUCUGCUGGGGCCGCGGCUGCGGGACCUUCUGGUGCAACAACAUCCUGGUGCAGACGGACGAGAACGGCGUCAUCUCCAAGGUGGAGGACAGGUACAGGCUGACGGGGGACGUCCUUGACGGACAGAUGGACCUGGACAUCCUGAAUGUGAGGCGGACGGACAGCGGGCCGUACUGCUGCAGGGUGGACAUCGACGGGAUCUUCAACGACAAGAAGGUGAUCAUGAACCUGAGAGUGGUGAAAGCUCUGGUCACCAGAUCUCCUCCAACAACAACCAUGACAGCAACAGCCAGUCGAGUCACUGAGCCAUGGACGUCCACAGUGAACUGGAAAUCCCUGCUGUCGUCUCAGCUGGACCUGCUGAGGAAGAACUCCACCCUGCUGCGCUCCGACACCAUCACUGUGGAGGACUCUCUACCUGCUCUCUCCCUUCAGAUCAAUGUUCCCGUCCUCUCUCUCUCCCUCAGUGUGUUGCUGAUCUUGGCGGCAGUUUUUCUCUUCCUGGCCUUCAAACGUGGAAUAUACAGAAGAGCCUUGAAGACUGGCUGUUUCUCCUCUGAGGAACCUCCUCACAUCAUCUAUGAGAUCCGGAUGAGAAGACCAGUACAAGAGAACAUCUACACACUGGACUAGAAAGCCUUGUUCAUACCUGGACCACAGAUGAACUGGUUUUCC